CACUAUCGGCCAGAGUUCGCGAAUAUUAAGACAGUUACCAUUGUGAAGGGCACAUUGACAUAUCUUCAGAGGGUUUACAAGCUCUGAAAAGCACUAAUGGCAAAGAAGGCUACAUCGCUUUUUCUCCGGGCUCUGGAGAUGUCGGACGGACAGUCGUGUAACGUCAUGAGGAGAAACACAAAUGCUACUAUCAGGCAUUUAAGCUCAUGCGGUAUCCUAGCUAAACGAUGGGCGAGCUUACUUUCCCCUUCAGCAUCCUGUCAGAUUGUGCCUGCCUGGAGCUUCAUUAAUUUAUCUGCCCCCCUCAUAACACAGAGAAUGGAGUAUUCAGAGAGCCGGACCCUUAGCUACUCACCUGAGCAGAUGUACAACGUUGUUGCCAAUGUGGACCAGUACCAGCAGUUUGUGCCUUGGUGCAAAAAGUCAAAAGUCACGAGGAGCAGGAAUGGGGACAUGCGAGUUCAGCUCGAAAUUGGGUUCCCGCCAAUAGUUGAAUGCUACACUUCGGCAGUCACAGUUAUCCCAAACCACCAAGUCCGAGCGGUGUGUACAGAUGGAAAUCUCUUCAGUCACCUUGAAACAUUGUGGCGAUUCACUCCUGGGGCUACAGGCCAAGAUGAUUCCUGCAAUGUGGAGUUUUUUGUGUCUUUUGAGUUUAAAUCAUUGCUCCACUCACAGUUAGCAACACUGUUUUUUGACGAGGUGGUCAAACAGAUGGUUAAUGCUUUUGAGACACGAGCAUCCAAACUUUAUGGCACCGGCUUCCAUCGACUGCAGGCUCCACUCAGAAGAGCAACAUAAGAACAUUUCUCCUUUGUUGAAAUGGACACAAGGAGUAAUAUAAAAACAAAUACAUUGUUACCAUGUAUCAGCUCUGGAGAAGAACAGAUUUUAAUCCAGUUUGUUGGAUUUUGGACUGUUAAUACCGGCACCUAUACUAUUUGCUAAAACAAGAACAUGUUUUUAAUACCUAUUUAUUCAAAUCAUAAGAGAUAUAAUUUAUUGACAAUGUGAAUAUUUUAUUUUUGUGGAAUGAAAGAGGAAGGUGAAUAGAUGUGUUUUUUUAAUUUAUUUUUUUAUUUUUUAUUAAAUAUACAUAUUUAUGAUAUGUUAACAUGUUUGACCAAAGGAGGGAAAAAUUAGUUCUAAAUUAUUGUUGAGUGCACUUUUUGCA